AUGGCCCUCCCAGCACGAGGGUGCAGGACCCCACUCACUUCCUGCUGUGAGGUCACAGGACGCUGGACACUACCCUCCCCAGAACACAGGGUGGGACCCUGCUCACUUCCUGCCGUGAUGUCACAGGACCCUGGACAUUCCAGGGUAUCCUGGAGACCAAGGUCUUCAGGGCAUGGUUUUCCUCCUUCAGCCGGAGGGAACAUGGCAGGAGACAGAGGAGUGACCCUGUUUGUCCUGCUGCUGUCCUGCUGGUGCCACACGGAGCCCCAGCCCAUCAACAUGACUUCAGGUACAGUCACAGGUCCAACCACUGAAAUGCCACCCAGCUCAAAAGAUCCGGAGGAUAUACCUGGAAUAUUUGAUGAAAUUCUAGUCCAAGAGAUGUUGAAUCCAAAUAAGUCAUCAGUGGCUGGAAAGCACAUGACAGCAUCAACACUGUCAACAAAGUUGUUCAACGAUAAAAAUGACAGCAUGAAUGAGGAUUUUGAAGUUGGUGGCACUCAGAAUUAUCAUGGACUCUCCGAUAAUUCACAAUUCUCUAUUGGCAGUGAGGACAAAAUUUUCAAUAAUGCUGACCGGCCUCCAUCCCGCUCCUUGGAACUUUCUUAAAAAUCUGGCUCCCAUUUCCACGGUAACUGCAGCACUUGCUUAGUCUAGAGACUUCGGAUUGCUCCCCCCACCCCUUGGGAAAAUCAGAUCGGCCGACAGGAGAGCAGUGUCGGUGAGGAGUUCUUUGUCUCUGUCUCACGUGUGGUUCACAGGGUCACCCAGGGCACGUCUUUCCUCCCGCCCUUUCUGUGUGCCCCUCGUUUCCCUAAAGUCAGGCUCAUUCCUCAUGCUGUUGAUGUUAGAUGUUUGUAUUUGAAUAUGUGGGCAUUACUAUGGUUUUGGAGGUCAUCAUGAUAGACAGAGGUACGUACCGGAAUCCGCUAGUGGCCCACCACGUGCAUGCCUAGUGGGCCGUCCCCACGAGUCCCGUGUUCCCUUGGGCUCAAAUGAGAUUCACGUACACUCAGAUCACCUCCCUUGUUAGGUGAGGGCGCCCACCAGGCCCUGCUUUGUCCCCUCACACCAAGCUGGGAGCCACCGCACA